AUGGAAUCUAUCUCAUCUCUUAAACAUAAUCUUCAGAAUGUAAAACGAAAUAGUCAUUAUGAAAACAAUAAUAAUAGCGGCGAUGAUUGCAAUAUCGAUAUUGUUGGUGGUUCUAUACCCCGUGAACGGAAUAAAGAGAAGAUAUCAAAAAAAUCCACUUUACAUCAUCCUCAAGUAUUCAGAAAAGCAGAAAACGAAGGGUCUGCUCAAAAAGCUGCCCU